CUCAACACCAUAUUGUCAUUUUGUAACGGCAGAGUGCGCGCAAUCCAAAUUCAGCUGUUUUAUGCAGACUGUGGUCCGUUCUGUUGCAGGUGAGGAAGUGGUUGAGGCUGAAUGCAGAAGAUAGUAGCGGUGCUGGGUGGGGGGAUCGGGGGCCUGUCUGCCUGCCAUCAUCUCAGCAAGAGUCCUAAUGUCUCCAAGGUUGUGCUGCUGGAGGGAGGUGGGAGGUGUGGUGGUUGGCUAAGCUCCACACGGAGGGAAGAUGGAGCAGUGUUUGAGCACGGUCCACGAGGGGUGCGACCUGCAGGAGCUGUCGGCCGGAACACUUUGAAUAUGGUGUCUGAGUUGGGUCUUGAAUCUGAAAUCCUGCCUGUUACGAAGGAUCACGUGGCUUCCAAGAACCGCUACCUCUAUGUGAAGGGACAACUGCACAAGAUGCCAUCAGGACCUGGUGGUGUUCUGCGCACCAUCCCUCCUUUCUCUCGUCCCAUAAUCCAGAGCAUACUGAAGGAGAUGCUGAUCAGUAAAGGGAAAGAAGAGGACGAAUCUGUGCAUGCAUUUGUGUCUAGACGUCUUAGUUCUGAGUUGGCAGAUAUAGCCAUUGACAGCCUGUGCAGAGGGGUGUUUGCCGGGGACUGCAGGCAGUUGAGUGUGCGCUCUUGCUUUCCACCUCUUUAUGAAGCAGAGCAGGCACGGGGCUCCAUCGUGCUGGGCAUGCUGAUGGGUUCAGGAGGUGGUCAUAAAGUAGUUCCCUGUGAGGUGGCUAAGAGAGCAUCAAAAGAGUCUUGGACUCAGUGGUCUUUGAAGAGAGGCAUGCAGACACUCCCAGAAGCUCUAGAGGAUACGCUAAGGAGACGAGAGCGAGUGGAGCUUCAUCACCACGCCAAAGUGAAGAGUCUGAACAUGGACGGGAGAGGUUGGGAGAUCAAACUGGAGGAUGGGGCCUGUUUGAAAGCAGAUCAUGUGAUUUCUGCCCUACCUGCAUCGGCCUUGGUGUCAUUGCUGCCCCCUGCUGCUCAACCCCUAUCAGAGGAGCUGCGAUCCAUCACUUCUGUGACUGUUGCCGUGGUGAAUUUGGAAUAUGAAGGCUUCAUCCUUCCUGUUACAGGAUUUGGACAUUUGGUGCCUUCCUCAGAAGAUCCAGGAGUGUUAGGGGUCGUGUAUGACUCAGUUCCCUUUCCACAACACAAUCGGAAUGGAGGACCAACCACCAGAUUGACGGUAAUGAUGGGGGGUGCAUGGUUCGAGCAGGCGUUUGGUAAUCCGGAUAUAGUGUCCAAGCAGACGCUGUUGAAUCGAGCCACUCAGGCAGUGACCUCUCACCUGGGUGUCACUUCAUCUCCUGUGUGGAGCCUGGUUGCAUUACUCAAGGACUGCAUUCCGCAAUAUCAUUUAGGACACUGGAAACGACUUGAAAAGAUGAGGCAAUACAUCAACAACCACAAUCUGCCCCUGACACUGACGGGAGCUUCCUACGAUGGUGUCUCUGUCAAUGAUGUUAUAUUCAGUGGGCGGACUGCUGCUGAGGGUCUCGUUGGAAAAAUAUAAAUGAAAUUUUCAUUUUUUGACUGAGUGAGAUGCUUUUAUUGAAGACAAAUAUUUUAUGUUUCAUAAUAUUGUGAUUCCUAUGAAGAAUUUAAAAAAAUGCAUACUACACUAAUGUGUAGCACAACAUACUUUACUUGGGGUUUGAAUGGAAAUUUAAGUGUCAGGAUUAUAGUGUACAGCAGCGUAGUGUCUGGAAAUCUAAUAAAUUAUUAAUGAUGAAUUAUUAAUGUCAAGAGAACCUUAUUAAAACUUCCAAGCAAAAAUGAGCCGCCAAAUAAUUUACUUCCUUAAUAAUAUCACACAAUUGUAGCCAAAUAAUUGUAGAACUUGGUUGUCCCCAUUUGGCACAUAAUUUUUUUUUUUUUUUUUUUUGGUGAAAUUGAACUUGAAAAAGAAUGUAAUAUUUUGAAUCAGUUUAAAUUGUUUUUUAACAUCUUGGCUAGAAUAUUGUCAAGAGUUUUUCCUAGAACCUCUGCUUGUCUGUAUCAGUCUUGCCAUUAACAAGGCUGCAUUUAUUUACAUCUUUCAAAAUGCAACAUUCACCACCUCGGCAGCUUUCAAGAGUGGCCAGGGGUACGGUUUUUGAAAUAUAGCAAAACUUCACCUGUAACCUCCAUUUCUAGACUGACAUGAUGUGCUAUUAGAUCUGAGUGUCUUUUUUUGCACUAAAAAUGUCCAUUACAUUGAAGUACCAUCAAAGGCAAAUUUACAACUUAUAUUUGCAUUUGAACCGAGCAGCAGAUUGAAAAUGGUUGGGUGCGACUGAAGCUACGUCUUCGCGUGAGUGUGUAAUUAGCAUAAUAGAUAUUGCAUUAUAGCAAUCUUGAAUGUAAAGUUUUAUUAGGAGUGUUAUGUUAAUUAUGUAACUCAAUCUAUUCCAUGAAAAGAGUUGUCUUUAUCAAGUGUACAACUAUUCAGUAAAUUAUCAUGUAUUUUUAUACAUAUUAUGUUAAAGUGGUGCUCUUUAAAUAUGAUCAGCAUUAAAAAUGAUUGAGAUGUGUUUGAUAUGUUUCGUGUAAUGUGGUAUUUUAUAAUAAUGGAUAGGUUUACUUUGUAUGGAUUGAUGUCAGGAGCAGUUAAUCAGCUAAUCAGGAGUAUACAUUAAUAAAAGACAAAGCACGAAUCAAAUAUUAAAUGUGCCAAUUACUAAAGCCCACCCCCACCCUAUGAAGCCCCUAUCAGACAAAUGGCGAGGUCAACUUGGAAUGUUAUGGUUUGUAAUUAAAUGUUUUGUUUUCACCUCUGGGUCUGUUGACCACUCAGUUGGAAAGUGAUUUGACAGAAGGCACACCGUCAAACGUGGAUAAAGAAAGCUGUGCCUGCCAGCAACAUUUCAGUGUUUCUGUACAAGUCCUUGUUGGUUUUGUUAUUUGUGCAUUUUAAGCGAUUUCCUGUCUGGCUUCAUAAAAACUUUUGAUACUGCCACUAAUCAUUAUUUCAAAUGUCAAUCUUGACAGCAGUUCCAGGUCUAGCAAUAUUUUUAUUUUUCUCCUUUUCUCUUAUUUGACUCAUUCACAAAAGACUAGCAGACACUAUUUUAGCAUUUGUUUAGCACAACACCUCAUUAUAAUGAUGCAAAAUCAAAAAUCAAAGACAAGGAUUUGAACAAACCUCUAACCCUAAGGAUAAAAAGUAUGUUUUUGCUACUGAUUUGACUGAUACAUCAAAUCAUGCUGUUUGUUGAGGAGAGUUCUGUUUUACUAAUGAUCUGGUUUAGGAUUUUGGCCUCACGGAAAAUUAAGUGACAGUGAAUUAAGUGACAUUUUUUGCAAAAUGACAACGUGGUUCACUGCACCUAUCGCUGCCCAUCCAAAGUUAAAUGUCCACUGUGUGAUACUAAAAGAGAGUUAAAUUUUCUCCCAAACAGGUGAGGUUUUUAAGGUUAAUACUCUAUCAUGUAGAGGUACAGCGAUAAUGGAUUUUACUGAUACCAAUAUCUAAGGUGUUGAAAGACAGAUAACCGAUUAUUCAAUUUUAAAAUCAAUUUAUAGAAUAUAUAUAUAUAUAUAUAUAUAUAUAUAUAUUAAAAAAAUUUUUUUAUCUUACUAUGACAGGCACAGAGAUAGAGGCAAGGACAGUCCAAAAAUGAAUAAAAUCCCAGAUGGAGUUUAUUAUGCAACCAAAAUCCCAAUACUAACCAGAAAAUAAUUCAAAUUUGGUGCAGAACGCUGGAUUUUUAACUGUGAAGAAGCCUGAAAUACACUGUGGACUCUUAUUACGAAGACUUGGCUCUGUUACAAUGCUCUAUAUGUAAGCAUUUACCAAAUAAAGUUUUUUUUUGUAGCCAAUAUAUUCACCAGAUCAAGUGUUUUGUAAAUAAGUAUUUCAUAAGAUGCUGUAAUAUAUAUCACAGUUUCUUUGCAUGCCCUUGCUUUAAUUUAGAACACUUGAUUACCUAAUGAAAAUUUGCACUGAAUGAGGAUAAAAAAAUAUGGGUGAAUAUUGUCAACUAUGAAAGAUAUUCAGCAAGAGAAUAUCUGAAGUGACAUUCAGCAAAUCCCCACAAGGUGUCUUUUAUUUAAGAAGCUAUUUUUAUAUGUGGAAACAUAUUUAAAAAGUUUUUAUGUUUUGUUUGUGAGGAACAGGGUGAGAAGUGUUUAGGAACUGAUAAUCUGCUUUACUCAAGAAUUGUGUGAAAGUGAAUAAAAGUUGUUGUUGUAGA